AUGACAUCAAUGGAAGCAACGUUCUACAAGCCGGAACAGCAACUCAAAAGUCUUGUUACCAGUGAUGGACUCACCAAGGUGAACAAUUGGCAACAACAAUUGGUUGCAAACUCUCAAAGUCACUCAAAGAUAUACAUGAGACGCCACCUCAUCAAGGCUCCUUCAGUCCUCAUGGAUCACCAUCAACAACCCUGCCUCUUGUGCAGUCUGCCAGUUGACCACCAACUGUCCUCUUCAGAGCUUGGGGCACCAACUAUCAGCUCAACUGGUUCCAACAAAACUUCUCUCUUUGGCUCUCCAAUUGCUAUUGGGAGUCCCCAACUAGCAAAUGAUGAGACGUCCCUUACCAGUGAGGUUGAACUUGUGUACCUUCCGCAUGAAGACCCCUCCUUGUUUGAUCAACCUACUGCUAUCCUAGAGAAGCCUCACAUUUGCUUGGCCUACCUAGCUGCCGUUGCCUCUAACCUGAUUGACCAUGUCAAGCAACAUUCUGUGGAGCAAACUCUGAAUAUCACUUUACUUGGAUACAAGACCUUGAACUGUAUUCCGGACCAUCCUAAGCCUGUAACAACACUCAAUAAGGUCUAUCAACGCUUGGGUCUUGAUGCACAAGCUUUUAUAAUAAACAACCAAUGUUCUAAGUGUUACUGUGUGUAUACAUUGGAUGCAAUUAAGAAUACUUGUUUGCCAAACUGUCAAGAGGCUGGAUGUACUGGCGUAUUCUGGGAGUAUAGCAAUCCCACAAGAUCAGAACGUCAUCCUAAACAAGUUGCAGCUUACACGGAUAUUGUUGGAUCACUACGGCGCAUGUUUAUGAGGCCUGACUUUGUUGUAUCACUCCGAGCUGGUGCUCAGGCUCAUGAAAACCAUGGAGAUGGGUCAGUUUUACAUGAUGUUUGCAAUGGUACAGCCUGGGGUCCUCACCAAUUUGGGCUAUUGCAACGUGUCUGUAGAGAUGGGAUUGUGGAAGAUAUACCUGCUCCAAUCCCAUCCCACUUGGCUUUGGACUCUUUGCUAGCAUGA